CUCGGCCUGGCAAAGCUUUUCGACCUCGUGAAGUGGCGUGCGCACAAGCAAUGCCUGCAUUCAGGUACACGCAGCCACAGGGUAACACCACGCUCGUGAGAGGGGACGGGCGUAUUUGAAGCAUGCACUGUGUUGAUCGGAUGGCUUAGCGAGCUGAACGAGCGUUGACGAUCGGCAAUUUGCAAAAUUCAGUCGGACGACAAAUGCUCUGCUGUGCAUGACCGAUAUCAUAGGCAUGGAGUGAUAAGCGGGGUGCUGACUGCAGCAUUGUGGAAUUCCGGGGUAGCAAUAAAGCUUUGCAUGCUGCUGCUCUCCGCGGUAUCCAGGAAGGAAGUCGAGAAGGAAAGGAAAAGUUGGGUCUUGAAAGGGGAAUCUGCGCGAUCUCUCGACGAGGAAGGCAUUGAUGCCCCAGCACUCCUUCCCCUCUCGAUCGAUGGCCUCAGACCACAGCUCCAUGUCUGUAUAGCAGUCUACCAACGCUGCGAUCAUCGCGAGCACCAAGAUCAAAACCACGUACCCAAAUGUCAAAGCCAGCAAACUCAAGCCCACAAUGCACCUGACCUUGAUUUGACGGUAUUCACAUACCUUCGAUGUCAGAUUCAUCGUGGUGUGUGGACGAUAGGAUUAAGUAUACAUCACGCCUGCUGGCCUACAAACCGCCGACUCCUUGCCCCAUGUUGCGGGGUGACGUUGCAGCCUUGCAUGCGAUCUGAACACGAGCAAACUCUCUGGGACGAACCUGCAGGGUGGCUACUGUUCAACAAGUUCCUUCUUCUGGUCGGACGGCUUAUGCUUCUGCGAUUUGGCACAAACACUACGAUGAGCGCAUUGGUUCCUGCAACAAUGACUUGCGAACGAUGCAGCAACCUGCUUACGCGCCCAGCGACUUCCAAGGAGUGAGAAGGUGGAGUAUACAAAACAAGAUGUCAGCGAUGCGACUACCAAAGGUUGCUGAAUUUGCUUCCUGAUCUGAAGUUUCAUGCAAGCCCAUUCGGGUCGCUCUCA